GGUUUGGUUGGAAUGUAAACGGUCCUGCCACAAUGGCGCCAACUUCCGACUCACCAGAGGAUGUGGAUGAAACAGAAGACAAGACAGAGAAGACAAAGUCGAGCUUCUCAAAUCCCACAGUCCUCAAAGCAGCCUUAGAUAUAGUGAAACACAAGAAGCAGGAAGCUGUUCAAGCAGAGCAGUAUGACCAAGCAGCUCGAUUCCACCAGAAGAUACAACAACUUGAGGCGCAGCUGGCUCUGGUUGAGACGUCUGAGGAUGCUGGCGCUUCUGGCACUGGAGGUGACGAGGAUGCUGAAGAUGAAGAGCCUCAACGAAAGCCCGUCCAGCGACGCUCCUUGCUCUCUGCGCCAAAUCCGUUCCGGACCGUAGAGCUUUUGGAGCAGAGUGGAUAUAGCCGACCACAGGCAUGCGGCCUGCUGUUCCUGCUCUACGUCAUGGUCUUCGCUCUGGAGAUGGUACUCUUGUACGUGGGCUGGAGGCUCAUUGGCCUUGGAGGGGAGUCUGCAGAUGAGGGCUUCAAUGAAGACAUGAUGGAGGAGCUCUGAUGCCUUCAGGCAACUGGCCCUUUGCUUCUUGUGGUCAUUGUUGCCGAAGCUGCC